AACCUGGUUUCACUUUCUUGAAAUUUCUAUCCAUAGUUUUUGGUUUUAAAAUAACAUAUGUAGAUUUAGCUAUUAAAAAUAUUAAGUUUACUAGGUUUUGAAUACAAUUGCGCAAGAUGUUAGUGACUAGAACAGGGUUUAAAGGUUUUACUCUACCCUAGUAAGUCAAAAAGUCUGUGCGUCUUUCUUACAAAGGCAAUGGCGAGGUACAUUGUUGUAGAGUUUUGAAAGUAAGCUUAUUGCCUUUUUUUUUUUGAGGAAUUCAAGUUAAAUUGAAUUUGUCAAAUGGAUUUCCAGUGAAUUCGGCUGAUGUUGUGUUGAAGUGAUCAGACGUUUCAUCUGGGACUUCCUUGCAUUGGAAAGAAAAUUUUACGUUUCAGUUGUCAAAAGCCAAAAGGUUAAUGGACUCUUUGGUCGGUUUGCUUCCAGGCAUGUGAAACAAUCGAAAAACCACUGUUGCGUGCGUUGUUUAGAAAAGACGGAGAUUAAAAAUAGUUCACAGAAAACUUUGGAUGAUAUGGCACGGAACAAUGAUACGUAAUCUUCAAACAACAUGAAUUAUUUAGAGGGAAGAGUUUCAAGCAGUUUGGAGCGGCAGCGAAGUCGGACCACCUUCUCUCAUGUGGCAACAACUGAAGAGAAAAGUGGUUAUUUGUGGAAGACGUUUCAUCAUCCGAGGAGGACGUCCUCCAAAACCAGAUACUUUGUGUUGACCAAAAGUUCAUUGGAUCACUUCAGAAACCAUCACAGGGAAAAGCUCAAAGGAAGUCUUCCACUUGCUGCCAUAGACUCUGUAGAGAAACUGCCUGAAGAUAAGUCAGCUUCCAAUGAGCUUCAUCAUGAGUUUCCAAUGAUAAAGUAUGCGCGAGGAGGCAGGUCCAUUCCUCACGAGAGAGUCUUUAAACUUGACAACGACAACUUGCACAGCCUGGUGUCUUGCAAACUGAUUUUACUUUGCUUGCAGAUGAGAGAAAUUAUUUACAGCAAAGAUCACCGAGUGAACCGGCAUAAGUUUGAUGGUGUGGAUCCGGUUGUACUGUGGCUAAAACGACACUGGUCAGUGAUGUCAUCACGGCAUGGUAAAGGAAUCUCAGUGGACCAGGCAAUGUCAUUUGCUCAUCGCUGCUGUAAUGGAGCUAAGAGAAAACUCCUGAGAAACUAUGUCAAGGAUGUUCUGGAAGCUCAGUGUGGGAUGGUUCAACACAAUGAAAAUCUCUUGUGGAACUCUUUUUUGAUGCUUUUUAAUGCCCUCAAUGAACAACCACGGGUGCGUAGAUACCAAUAUUCAGUUUUCAGAGGUUUUCCUUUCAAAUGCUAUUGGACCCUGCUAAUUCUAACUUGGUUAUUUCAGAUUCCCUGCUGUUUUGAACUUGAAACCAUUUCCUUUGGAUUUGCCUCCCAGUCAUUUACUAUUGACAGUUUCAAACUAUUUUUCAUAAUUCCCCUGAGAGGUUUAAAUGUGGUGAUGGAGAAAAUUACUUGUCUGGCAUUUGUGAGUGCCCUCAAUAAAUAUGUAACCUGUCAGGAGUCAUAUGUUUUUAAUUUGACAAGUAUUGAACAAGAGUAUAAUACGGUAUGUUUCUUUCAGGAAUCACUUAGUAUACCAGCUUGUGCUAGGCUGAUGUCAAUCCAUGACAAGUUUCACAUGAUGUACAAACAGAAAUGUGCUGGAGACGACCCAGAGUCCUACAGAUUGAGCAAAUCUUUCCUGUCAUAUAAUGGAUUCCUGAGUUAUCUUCGUAGUAAAGAUAACUCUCCUGUUAAUCCAGAGCAUAGCACUGUUUACCAGGAAAUGGAUCAUCCAUUGACUGAUUAUUUCAUCAACUCAUCUCACAACACAUAUCUAACUGGACGGCAGUUGAAAGGCAAAUCCAGUCUUGAGGCAUAUGUGAGAGCUCUGCUUCAGGGCUGUCGCUGUGUUGAACUUGAUUGCUGGGAUGGACCAGAUGAGCCUGUCAUUACUCAUGGACUUACACUGACUUCAAAAAUCAGGUUUAGAGAUGUAGUGCAAGUCAUUAAGGAGUAUGCAUUUGAGGCUUCAGAGUUUCCUUUGAUUUUGUCCUUGGAGAACCACUGCAAUGAACAGCAACAAGCAAUCAUGGCAGACAUAUUUGUCACGGAGCUUGGAGACAUGCUUGCUACAAAUAACCUUUCUGAUGAGCUUGGCAUCCAGACCCUUCCUUCUCCCAAAGAUCUGAAGAGAAAAAUUUUACUCAAAGGCAAAAUUAAAGUGAAGAAAAAGCAUAAGAUAUCAACUUCCAUCUGGCCUGGAGUGACGGUCAACCCUAUAGCUGGUUUCUCUCCAAGGGUAAAGAAGACCAGUAAAGUGCUUGUGUCUAGUCAGUCUGAAGCAGUAUUAGCAAGAUCAGAAUCAUCUCACUCUCUUGGCCCUAGAGUACGAUCAGUGACUACCACAACAUUAGAUGACAAGGGAUCAACAAGUGAAGAACCAUACAAUAUAGUUCCAUUGGAGGAUGCCAUGGGCAAGCUAAUAGUGUAUUGCCGUGCAGUGCCUUACAAAAAGAAUGAAGUCUCUGAGGACUGCUGUGAGAUGUACUCCUUUAAUGAUGGUGCUGCACAAGAUUCUAUUUCAGCUCAUCCAAGAGUCAUUUUGUCUUUGGCAAACAAACACAUUGUAAGGACCUAUCCCAAGGGUUCAAGAGUGGACUCCUCAAAUUAUAAUCCGCAGGUCAUGUGGAAUGCUGGAAUUCAGAUGGUGGCCAUUAACUUUCAAAAGCCAGAUUCUGGCAUGCACCUGAAUCAAGGAAAGUUUAGAAAGAAUGGAGGUUGUGGUUAUAUUUUGAAACCAAAUUCUCUUAGAGACAGAGAAAAGUCGAAUUACCACCCAAUGAUCAAGGAGAGCCCGAAGAAUGGAAAAUCCUGUUACUUCACAAUAGAGGUGUUGUCAGGGCAAUAUUUACAUGCUGAUGAAGACUCUCAGCUUGCAAUUCGUGUUGACGUGGAGACAGUUGGAGUCGCGGAAGACUGUGCAGUACUCAGCACUGAGCCUACAUUAGACAAGUUAAAUCCCAAGUUUGAGAAUGCCAAGCAUCUUUUUAAAAUCAUCAUGCCAGAACUGUGUCUUGUUUACUUCAAAGUCCAUCUGCUAAACAGAAACAAAAGCAGACUGCUUUUUCAAAAUGUCAUUUCUCUGGACAGUCUUAGACCUGGGAUUCACUACAUCCGGCUACGCAGUCCAACAGGUGUCGAGGUACCUCACAGUGGUUUGUUUGUUCGUAUAAAGCUUCAGGAUUUUGAGCCAUCCUGUGAUAAAAUCAAGGGCACUUCACGCGAAAGACUUCUUACAUUUUAGAUUAGAGUAAUUUUGCCCUUACAGCUGCACGAUCACUGUACAGGUUCUCCUAACAAGUCUCCGUGCAAUUUUGUAUUUCUUAUCGAUUUGACCUCGUUUCCGAUGUCAUCAGCUUUUUGGUUCUUAACACUCCUUGCUUGUCUUUGAAUUAGACGUUAAUAUCAGUUCAGUUAAACCUCUCUGUAGAAUCUACUCUAAAUCUUUGGAAAUGUAUAAUAUUAAGCACUUAAUGACUGACCCCGAGGGAAACAAUGAGUUUUGUUUCCCCGAGACUCUCAAUGUUCCCCGAG